AAGAGGCUGCUUCCUGCAGAAGCCACAGAACUUCAAGGGGAGGAAAGAAACCGUAUGUUUGCAUGGCAUGCGCUGAUUGAAAACAAUUACGCUUUUCAUGUAGACUUCAGCUGAUCCUGGAUCACUGGAGAAGUGUCAGGUGGAGCCGCAUCCGCUGACCUGCAUCAGCACCACUGACUUCGAAUCAGUGGAAUGGCAUCUGCUCAGCGCUAUGGCCGUUCAGACAGGGAGAUUGCCAAUGAGAUGCAGAGGCUGCAGGACGAGCAGGAAGCUGUGCAGAAGCGAACGUUCACAAAAUGGAUCAACUCUCAUCUAGCAAAGCAUAAUCCUCCUUUAGUGGUCUCUGAUCUCUUUGAAGAUGUGAAAGAUGGAGUGAUGUUGUUAGCUCUUCUUGAAGUCCUGUCUGGUCACAAACUGCCAUGUGAACAGGGCCGCAAGCUGAGGAGGAUCCACUGGGUUGCUAACGUGGGAAGAGCACUGAAGUUUCUGGAGGGCAGGAGGUCGGCCUACAGAGGAUCUCCGAUUAAAUUAGUUAACAUCAACCCAACAGAUGUGGUAGACGGCAGACCCUCGAUUGUGCUUGGGUUGAUAUGGACCAUCAUCUUAUAUUUCCAGAUAGAGGAGCUCACCAGCCAUCUACCAGCCCUACAACCUCAAUCUAGCAGCAAUUCAUCAGUGGAAAGCUCCAACAGCACUGAGACCAGCAGCCCACCUGUCAAACGCAAGCCCCGCCUUUCUUUUCAGGGCGGGGCCAAGAGAGCCCUUCUCAAAUGGGUGCAGACCACAGCAACAAAGAGAUUGGGUCUGGAUGUGAAGGACUUUGGUCCCAGCUGGCGCACAGGGGUGGCUUUUCAUGCUGUCAUCUUUGCUUUGCGACCCCAUCUGGUUAACAUGGAACGUGUUUGGAGGAGACCCAACAGGGAUAACCUAGAAGAGGCCUUCUCUUUGGCUGAGAGAGAACUGGGCAUCCCACGAUUACUUGAUCCUGAAGAUGUGGAUGUGGACAAGCCAGAUGAGAAGUCCAUCAUGACAUAUGUGGCACAGUUUCUGAAGCAUCAACCAGAUCGCCAAGAGACAGAGAUAGGGCGGCAACAAGAGGAGUUUUAUCUUGCUCCUCGAGCCAUUGAAGAAAUGUUAGAGAGGGAGCAGCGUAAGACACUGAGGGAGCUGAAAGCGUGGGCAGAUCAGUUGGAGAGAGACUGUGCUCAAGCCCAGAGGGAUGGAGGAAGUCUCGCUGUGCAGUACCAGACAUUCAAGCGUUAUCGUGUACAGUUUGAGGUGCAGAGAAGACAAGUGGAAACAUGCAUUCAGUCCACUCAGAAGGACGACAAGCUGACUGCAGAUCAGGCUCUGGUCAAACAGGCCUGGGAGAGACUGUCUGCAUGGUUUUUGGAUUGGCAUCUACAGCUGGAUAGUGGUUUGCCUCAUCCUUUGGGUGAAGUUGGAGUGUGGUUACAUCAAGCAGAGAAGAUCCUACGAGAGGAACUGGUCCCUCAGCAAGCUCAUGACGAGACCGCCAAAGCCAUUCACAAAAAGCGACUACACGACCAGGAGAUCUUAAGGCUUCUUGAAAGACACAAGCAGACCUUGCAGUUAAUACACAGAGACAGAUGUGUUAAUAAUGUCCCCAUUCCCAUGGAACAACUGCAAGACAUGGCAGAGAGAUUAAACUACAUAUCUACCUCCUCACAUGUUCACUUGAGCAAACUGGAAUUCUGGGAGACAAAAUACUCUAUGCUGGAAUUUUUGACACUAGCUGAGUCCAAGCUCAAAUCCUGGAUAAUUAAAUAUGGCCAACUGGAAUCAAUGGAGCUUUUGCUACAAAGCUAUGGUUCUUUUGUGGAGGGGCAGCAGUUCUUUGAGAAGUAUGAAUCCAGCCACCAGGCUCUUGUAAACGCUGCUGAGCUCUACAUUAAAGCAGACAGCUCAGGGCUCAUGAAUUUUAGCAGUAGUGGCAGUCUUGGUUGA